AUGACUCCCGUGCCGUUCACCACCGAGAUCUUCAACCCGAGUACCCCCGUAGAAGUUCCAGUGAGAGGCUUCACUUACGGUCAACGUCUUCGAGUGGUCCUGCAACCAAUCGAUAAAAAGGAUAAGAAGCUGCAUGUAAAAGAAGAGUUGAGUGAAGAUUCAGUAAGUGGAUGUCAAAGGCUACCGCGUGGGGGCAGAUCCACCAUUAACGUCUAUUGGGUCGUCGAGGUGCGCACUCGCUUCCGUCGGAUACGUUUUAUAUUCGCUGAUCAGUUUAAGCGACCUGCUCCUGUGGCGCUGUGGUCUGACAUCAUGUUUUUGGUGCAUGUCAAUGGUCAUCACCUCUAUGAGUUCCGAGAACGCCAAUCUGGCUGGGCAGUGUCGUCCAUCGAAGUCGGAGGAGAUGUUCACGUGCACUCCGUGCACAUUGGC